CCGGGACACCAUCACGGUCCUCCAGCGUCGCGGCGCGCUCUUCAUCCGGCGCAAUCGCUCGCCGCCUCGUGACGCGCGUCGUCUCGAAUCCAUGUGCGCGUGAUGCACGACGACGCCCGGAAAACGCGGCCGACGAGGGACGACGACGACGACCCAUUACGGCUCCACGUCACUGCGUCGCACUGAACGGAUUUGUGUGUCUCAACAGCGACCAUGUGCGACCCGAGGACCGUGAUCGAAGGAUCGCUCAAGUACCGCGAUGGCCGAAAGUGGAAAAGCCGCUGGUGCGUCGUCUCCAAGCUUUCGCCUGUGGCAGAUUGCAUCCACGUGCAGCUGUAUCGCGACAGCAAGGAGCGGUGCAAGCAGGGUCCGACCAAGGCGUCACUGUCGCUGGCGGGCUGCCUGGGCCUCGAAUCGGGCUUCACGCUUGACAAAGAGAGCCACACAAUGGCGCUCAUCUGCCCCGACCUUGUGCUGGCAUUGGCCUUCGACUCCAGAGAGCUACUUAUCCAGUGGCAGGUCAAGAUACGUUCCAACGUUGCAGAAGUACAACAAUUUCUAGUGCAAAUCUGGCAUGCGCCGGGCCGCGCGAAGUUGGCGAGCGGCCCGGCGCGACUACACUUACAAGACCACCUCUUCUGCAUGACAUCGGGAGUGCCUCCUCGCCUGUUGGGCAGCUGGCCUCUGAAAGAACUUCGCCGCUUUGGGCUGGUUGACGGAAAAUUCUGCUUCGAGGGUGGCUCCAAGUGCGGAAAGGGCGAAGGGCUGCACGUGCUCCACACCAACCAGGCCGAAGAACUGGCCGAGGCCUUCGAAGCAGCGUCCAAGGGAAAGCUGGCUGCACGCAGGAAGCUCCCCUGCAAGGCUUCAGCCACGGAGACGCCGUCGCGGAUGUCGCUGCAGCCUCGUUCUCGGGCCCAGGAGUCGAGUCAGUGCAGCAGCAGCGAGUCCCGUAGGCCGCUGCUCAGCUCGGGCUGCUCUGACGUGGGCUCCUGCGAUGCUUGCUUCGAGAUAGUGCGCUUCGCCAGCGACGCCCCAACGCCUGACGACUUCUUCCGCUCGAGGACCUUCUGUAAAGUCCACUACAGGUGGCCCUCGUGCGUGUCACAGGGAGGUCCCGCACCCAGCGUGUCCUCCAGCGACGCGGAAAGUGCAGACACCGUGUCGCUGACCAUCAGCGACAUUCAAGAACCCCUGGGUACCAAAGAGACUGCUGACAACCAAGACAGCAGCCCUCUGCCUGUCUCCAGCAGUGCUCCGGCAGUAUGGACAUACACCCACUGUGGAAAAUGCGGGCGCCACUACUGCGCCCGCUGUAGCUUUCCUAAUCAGAGCGGCAGAUCUCCAGAUGGCAGCCGAUGGUUUUCCCCGCAGUGGACAGUGGACCCUAAGACGCACCAACAGCAGGCAUGGACGACAGGCGCAGCCGUGCACGGGAGGUCGCCGGGCAUCGCAGACUCCGGCAGCCGACCAGCCAGUGGUGUGGCGUCUCAGGUGGGCGGCCGCGGUGGCAAACCAUCAGACCGCGCGUCGCUCUGCUCCCAGAGCAGUGGCACAAGCAGUGCCAGCACCAGUGGCGCCAGCACUAGCUCGUCCGAGUACAAUGUGCCACGGAGCUUCUUGGAGUCCCUGUACGACCAGCCUCGAAGUAUCAUUCACACGGACGCAGGAGAACUGUUCAGAAAUUAUCCAGGUGUUCGACCGUCCUCCGCUGCGACGCCAUCUCCUGUGGUGGACUCCAUGUUGCCGGGAAUCCAUGGCUUCGGCGGUGCACCUUGCACCUGUAGUGCGCGUGGUGCACAGCCGUGUGCCGAAACCCCCUUGGCGCGCUCCGGUUCCAGCGACUCACCGCUUGUGUCACCGAAGCGCUCUACGCCGCAGCCGAGGCCUCCCUGCACGUGCAACGUACGACUGCAAUACCCUAACUACGAUGUCCCACGAGCAGCACUUGCUAAUCUCUACCUGAAGGAACAAUCCAAAAGUACUGUCGACAUAACUCCCGACCUACCUAUGAGUGACACAAGCAUGGAAGCCACGAUGCACUACGACGUCCCCAAAAAAUAUAAGGAGCACGUAUCACAACAAGAGCCAUCUCAAGGAACAAGGGCUGCUCGGCUUCCAUUAGCUUGUUCCUGUGGCAACAGCCUCAUGCCUGACCCUCUUUCUAUGUGCCAAGAACUUCGAUGCAGCCAUGUUCGAGCUACCUGCACGUGCAACCAAGUAACAUUUUGGGCUGGAAAUCUUGUUCCAUGCUUCCAAAGAGCACCUUCCGAAGAAAGCCAGGCUGCUACACUACAGUGCCCAAUGAACUGCGCACCAUCUACUAUAUGUAGGGAACCAGGAAAAAGAAACAGGAUACUCGGUACCAUGCCUGACAGUAAGAAAUUCGAUCACUGCUCUGAUUAUGUGAACUGUCAUUUUAUAGAGUCUUUGCCGCUCUACCAAAAUACUUGCGCACUCUCCUCUGUGUCGGAACAGUGCGAUUCCAACAAGGACGUGAAAAGCACUACCGAAAAUAAAACGAUGAUCCCAGGUUCUCCUUCGGUAAAUUUAAGUCAGUUCAAGAGCCCUGAAAAAUCUGCUACCUUAAAGAAGACAGGCCCACGCGCUUCACCUCCGUCAAACACCAUCGGUGAAAGUUACGAGAUGAUGUCUUUCCGUGGUUCAUCAGAGCAAGUGAGCGCCGUUUGCGAUAGCAACUACAUCGCCAUGCGCCCUAUCGAGCCUUGCAAGUGCGACAACGAACGUGGAGGUAGCAAUUUCACAAGCUCGGAGACAAAAAGAACUCCCCUUCCUCUGCGACCAUUCAUGCCAUAUUUGCUGCCCUGUGAAGAAGAGUUUUCAGAAGACGUGACUUCUGAGGCUGAGACAAGUUGGAAAAACAGUACCAAGUGCAGCCUGGCAAGUAGUAGGCAGCGCUCGACUGAGACACCAGACAAACCAUCACUACUGGCUGAGGCCAAAAGAAAAGUUCUUACAAAGAAACGGUCGAGUUCGGCCGAUGGGCGCCAGGAAAUGGAAGAAAUGUUGGAGGCAGAAGAGGCCGUGCCUAUGGGCAGGGAACGACGACCAACAUUCAAUAAACUUCCUUUCCGAGCUAGGUCUCAGAACUUGGUCGAUGUUACACCACCGUCUUCAGUGCCUUCCACUCCGAACAACCGUUCUAUGGAGAAUUUGUACCGGAUUCCUUUUCACAGAUCAGCUGACUGCCUCAAGCUGAAAGGUGACUUCAGAUUUUCGGAAGAAGACAUCUCAAUGGACGCCGGUAAUGCCGACUCGUGCGAUGCCCCAACAAACGGUACCAGCAUCAAGCGCUCCUCAAGCGUGCCUUGCAAACCGCAGCAACAGGACACCAUUUCAAGCCCGUCAGAUUCCGGCGUGUCGACAAGCUUGCCCGAAAGCUCAGAAACUGUGUGCGAGCUCGUAACGCAUGAAUGUCAUUUAAGCUCACACCCAUCUCUUCCAAGAAACCUCGACGAAGGGAUCACUGCGAGCCACCGUCGCUGUGAUGAAAGCAAAAGGUUUAUUCAAGAAGCGUUCACACGAUGCCCACAACAAGGGACAUUUGGACUGCCUGGUGAGCGAUACACGGCUGCCCUGAAAGGGUCUUCUGAAAGCAGCACCACUUCUUCGGACAGCGACUACAUCGAGACGCUGUCACUCUGCAGCAGCGGCAGCAACGGCAGUGGCUCCGAGUAUCUUCGAUGCGAAGACAUCGCGGCCGGUAGACAAUGCCCUGUGUCAUGCGGCCUCAAGCCGCGUUCGGCCAAAGAAUACAACUCCAUCGAUAGGUCCGCCAUCCGACACGAGAUACACGAGGAGGGGGUGUGUGGCGCGGUGCUUCACACCUGCCACCAGCGAACACACCACCAUGCGCCAAUACAUUUGACACUACCGAAGGCGGCACGCAGCGCACCUCCACCGUCUCCCGUGCAAGGCCAGGGCGCAAAAGCAAGUGCCGUCAAGCCAAGCACAGCUGCGUAAUAACAGUCUAGUCGUCGCAGCGUUUGAGUACCAUGCCACGGUUAGAAAUUCAGCCACCUUUAUCAGCUUUGAUUCGGCCUCGCUGCCCAUGACAAAACACCUGAGAUCGGUUUAGGAACACUCACUAAGAAGGGUGCAAGCAUUUCCUAAGAAAGUAUUUAAAUAUCAGAAUUAACGCUGGUGAACGUGAUCGGAUGCCGAUCAUGUGCAGCACAUGUUACAAGUGACAGGUCAACAGCCCAAAAUGCCUGAAAUCUGGAUCAGUAAUCAAUUAUGUCAACCUUCGAGUAUUGUGUAAUUGCUUAAACCCUUUAUUGUCAUUUGUCACUAUUUACAUCGUGGCAUGGCACGAAGAUAUAGUAUACACAUUCCCUCAAAUAAUGGCUUGGGUGUCGACUAUAAUGUAUUGUAAAGUAUUCUAUCACAGUUUUUAAAAUGGUUACUUUCACCAGCUGUUUUUUCUGUGGUGUGUUCAGAUGAAUGUUCGAUAGAUGAAGCCUUUUCAUGGCAUAUCAUGUUGCAUGUACACAUUCGCUGUGGCACCUGUGCAAAAGUUGCAGGAAGUUUAUAUCUUAAACAUUACGCAUUUUAUGCCAUCGACAGAAAGGGUACACUAGGAAGCUAUUGUUGGGCAUUCAUACAACCAAAUUAAUCGUUACAAGAUAGAUAACCUCAGUCACGAAACAUUGUCGCUAGUCUUGUAGAUAUGGUAGUAUUCGCAAGAGCUAACAAUUUAGGCGGAUCAUUGUUUUCUGUAGGAUCUGCAUGCUUGUGUUAGCCUGUCAUUGACACAUAAUAAUUUUGUAGAUAAAUCAUCACAUUCACGUCGAGAAUUCAUUCUUUUCAAGUUACGAGAGGAUAAUUCACUUCUGUAGAUACUUUUAAAUCUAUGUUUGAGUAAUCACAUGUACAGGCUGCGAGGUGUGGCGUUCGUUAUCUUCCUAUAGUAUGUGACAUUUUACGCUAAUUUCCUUAUAGUUCCAUAGUGGUGCUCUUGUGGAUCUCUAAUAAACAUAUGUAUAUGUGUAUGUAUGACCGUGCAAAUAUAUGAUUGUGGAUAAUUGGAUUUUGAAUAAUGCUGCAAAACUAAUAGUUUCAUGCUUUGCUUUUCUUUAUCACGAGUGUUUCAAAAAUAUUACUAUAUGAAUGAAACGUUUUUACAGUGGUAGUUAUGACUGCAUUGAGUGGCAACAGAAAGCUAUGGUGUGGUGUUCGCCCACGCUUAUGCAAGGAUAAAGUUGUGGCCAUCAACGCCAUGACUGGGCAGGCAGCGCGCAACCUGCAAGCUACUGAACGCAAACAUCUGCACUGUCUAUUCCAUGAAAAUCGUUGUAUCGCAGCAGAAGCGUCCCAAAAAAACAUGACAUUUUAGUUCCCUAAAACAAAGUGCCAGCGGCAAUUUACUUGAACGGUAAUUAAGGGCAUUCGCAAUGGAGAGAUGUUGCUUGGCAGUUCCAACUUCUCUGGUCAUAAUCCAAUGAUCAAAGAAGCGGAAGAACGAAAAGGACAGGGAUGGACAUUAGGCAGUCAGCUUCGGCAAGGCAGCCUUCUCUGACGCCCCCUACCGUGUCCUUCAGUGCCUAUUCAGGCGUUCAUUGCUAGGAUAACGCCCUUUAUUGUUGCCAGUCCUAUCAAGGUAUUUGUUUUGUUAGGGGUAGCUCAAUGAUGCCAUUGAGUGUACACGCAAGCACGAGUAGGCGGAGCUGGGCCAAAGAAUGAGAUAGGACACGCAUUUUUUUUUUUUUGCAUAAGUUGUCUAUAAUUACCUAGAAUAUUGUGCCAACGGCCACAGAAAAACUGAGUUUGCACUAUCCUCUUUGUUGUGCCCUCGACACACUCACAGCUUUUCUUCUAUGGCAUACACUAUCAGUGGGCUCAGCAGCCAGAAAGGGCUUAUCUAUCGCGUGAUGAGAUCCACUUACGAAAUGUCUCUCAUGGAUGUUUUUGUGAUUAGAAUUUAAGCUUCUCUCAUGACCCUUUGUCUUUUUUUCUUCCUCUAUCAUUCAAAUUAAGGCAAGUAAACACCAGCCUGCGUUGAUGCCAUAACGGCUACGAGUUCAUUUUCCAAAAAAAAAAAACAUAUGCACAUAUCGGCAUCUAUUUUCGAAAUAGGUUACAUGGGUGUAACUUGUAACCAAAAUAACACAGCGUAAGUAGACACUUCUCUUUUUAGAACAUGGUAUAAAAGUGUGAUCAGGUGAUCGGAAGAGCAUAACUUAAAUGAGCAUUGUGCAUGCCAUGUAACACCAGCAUAAUUCAUUUUUUGAACAGUGGCACAGUUGAAAAUAUCUGGGCAACGUCAUUAUAAAGAGCAUGCUACUGGAAAAUUAUAUUUCUCAUUUGGGAACAAUUCUCUAUCACGCCAUUUUCUGGUCUAGCACUUAAUGUGGCAUGAUUAUCACUUCUUAAAAUGCAGCUACCACCAGCAGCAUACGAUCGAUAAGCCUGAUGAUUAAGUAUAGUUUGCAUCACGCUUUCUUAUACAGAUUACAUGUUAUGCGUACGUAACUGUACUGCUUGUACUUAGUUAUUUCGCAGCGUUCAAAGAGUGCUUUUUGAAUGCACACACCUGUUCAGCUCAACAAUAGACAUUCUUUUUUUGUUGUUAUUCAUGGAACUCAUACCUUAUACGUAGUAAAAGGUCUAGUACAACACUUACUGGCACAAUGCUGUUUUUAGCCCCAUUUUUGGCUGUACAUGCACGGCUUUGCAUUUAGAGUCUAUAUGUGCCUCUGGUAUUACAUUACACAUGCAUGUUCCUAAUUGUAAUAUUAUUGCCUUUUUUCACUUUGCUUUUGAGCCAGCCUGUUCACCUCUAACAUCUUCCAUCUGCCAUCCACAAAACAAUACAGGAACUCAUAUGUUUGCUUCUCAUAACUACUAUUGCAGGUAGCCGGAAAUAGCUACAGAUUUCUCCUUCUGCAUCACUUUCCGCAAAGUUUCGGUUCAUUUUCUAGUCGUCUACUAUUCAAGAAGCCAAAUGCAUCCGUGCUAAUACUUCCUUAAUCGAAGUCAGAAUGUUAUCCAGAUACAGCAGUAUUAGGCUAUAAACUACUAACCUGAAAAAUAGCAGUAUUGGGUGUGUAUAUUCUACAGAUCAUAAUUUCAUGUGGUAGCUUAAAAAAGGAAUUAGAGGAGUAACCACCCAGCCAAUGCCCCAUUUUGCACAAAAGCUGACUUAGGUCAUAUUUUUUUUUUUGUUAUACCAAUUCACCUCACAUUGCGUGUGCAUGCAUGUGUGUGUUUAGGAAUGCACGCGUGUACAACAAACCCAAGCCGAAAAGCCUUGCAUUAUAUUGAUCUUGGUUAAAAAAAACUUCAAGGUCUCAUUUCUGUUUGUUAGGCACGACAAUAUUGAGGACUAAUACGCAAUAAAGCCAAGUGAAGUAAAGGAUGUUGUUUGUAAUAAAUAUGAUGUAGCUGUCGAGAAAGUAAAGUUGCCGAACGGAAUACUUGCCGACAAGAACCACAUUUGCAAUCAUCGCAUAACCCAUCCGACGGUUUACUUUCCUUGGCUUUAUUCUCUGUUAGUUCUCAUUAUUGCUGGUAUACUAAAGCUAGCUUAUAUGUUAUCGGGUUCUUCACUUCAGUUAGAGACAUGCUCAUAUAAGAAAAGAAUUUUUUAUAAAAACACACACAUGGUAAAACAGUUUUACAGCCAAUGUGAUAGUAAAAUGUGUUAUCAUCCCUUGUGCCACGCAUAGUUUUUGUUUUUUAAUUUUUUAUUUAUUAGGUGUAUUUGUGAAAUUGAAAAUUUUUUGGUAAAAAUCUCUUUCUAAGAUUAUUUUUUGAAACCAUCGUGGUUCAUAGCAUAUGUAGAAAUUUUCGAUUGAAGUCUCGGUGCAGUAAUUUAUGUGGGGUACGAUCUUUUCUCUACGGCAACCGGUCGACUCGUGACAUAUUUGAUCGACAUUAUGUGCUUCUACUAGUCACUACUGGACUCUUAUUCAUUCUGCACAUUAUUCAUUGCAAAAAUUGAAAAAACUGUACAGUAUAGACAAUAAGGAGUCAUCCGGCUUGCGAAACUUCUCUAGCUUGCAUGAGCUGGUACGCUAUACAAACUUCGCAAUACGGCCCCGUUAUUAUUUUAGUAAUACGGGAGAAACGGUUUACACAAUUUCGCUGUGUACAGUGCGUAGGUCGGUGCUCUAGGUCAACAUAUUAAGUUGCCAUGACUGUGUGUGCUGUAAAAGCAUAUCAAGUGCAGAAAUUGCACUAAAAUGAGAAAGACAAGCUAUGCUGUUGCAACAAGUGUUCUGUUCUCAGGCAUUCUGCUUCGAAUACCUAUUUUUCAAAAUAAGAAAAAAAAAAUGGGGUAAUUCUAUGAUUGAGAUACUAUUUGUAUGUAAAAUGUGCAGGUAUACGAACACAGUGAAGGUGACACUCUAUUACUUUGAUGUCUAAAUAUAAAAGUGUGCUUGACCAAUUGGUAACAUGCUAGUCUGCAUUCGGGGUUACUAGUCAUUCACUGGUGCUCGCUCGCAUUGAACGAUAAAUGUUUCUGCUUCUUUAGAACAGUGGCUCAAAGGACCAGUUAUACUGCCCUGUAUGAACUGUACGAAGGUCAACCUGCCGUGCAUAAUGCUAGUUUGUGUGCGUUAGUAAACAUCAGUGUUUAUUAUUUCAAUGCCUCUUAUUUCCCUUUUUGUCCAAGUCACAUUAUUAUUCAUUUUUCAUAUGCUGUCUGCAACCUGCUGUACCAUUUGCUGUUUCUCGAGCGUCAAAGCGUGUAGAUGUGGAAAAUGUAUAGGUACAUAGGCCCACGAAAAGUCAAAUAAAAUACGGUUGUACAAGUAC